UUUUAAAGUCAGUUUUGAUGGCCAAAAUCACUCUUCAGAGCUCGACAAUGUCAAUGCCUUCCUUUCUCAUUCUUGCUCUCUCCCUCUUCUUCACAAUAACCGUCUCCAAUCUCUCUUCAGAGGCCAAGAAUCUACCAUUACUCGUCGUCGUCGGAACUGUCUACUGCAACACCAGCUACCUCAUUUCAGGUUCUCCUGUUGAAGUGGAAUGCAGAGACAGAAGAUCAAGACCGAGUUUCAGACAAGAAACAGUAACUGAUGGUCGUGGGGAAUUCCGGGUUCAGUGUCCUUUCCCAGCCAAGAAAUGCUUAAAAAGAAUCAAGAGGUGUUCAGUUAAGUUACUUGCUGACUCGUGUUGUGCCUCAGCAUCAUCCACCUCAGCUUCUUCUUCAUCGUUUCUUCCUGUUCGUCUGAAAUCAAGAAAGGGAGAUCAGAUCUUGUUUGCAGGGAUCUUCUACGUGGCACAGAAGCAAUCGGAUAGGUUCAGACAAGCUAAGACAGCAACUGAGAUUCAGUUUCAAGACAAGAGAAAAUACCUGGUGAAGCUCCAAGACCAGAAGCUCUUCUUCCCACCUCCAUGGUUUCUUCCUCCCAACCCAUUUGCACCUCCUCCUUCAAUCUUCCCACCAAAUCCAUUUCAGCCACCUCCUCCAUCUAUAUUUCCUCCGAUAUUUCCUCAGCCUCCUCCUCCAUCUAUAUUUCCUCCGUUAUUUCCUCAGCCUCCUCCUGCUCCUCCUCCAUCGAUAUUCCCUCCGAUAUUUCCUCAGCCUCCUCCUGCUCCUCCCCCGUCGAUAUUUCCUCCAAACCCAUUUCAGCCUCCCCCUUCUCCUCCUCCUCCCCCACCAUCUUUCUUUCCUCCACUGCCACCGCUUUUUCCACCCUUUCCAGGCCUAAUCCCAUCACCUCCCCCUCCGCCUCCACCACCACCACCACGACCAUUCAUCCCAUUUCCUCCAUUCCCUUUCCUACCACCGCCACGCAGCCCAGGGCCUCCCCCUGCUUCAUCUUCUUCGACACAUGAACUCUCCCCUUGAUGGAGUAUUGAGUAUCAAGAUACAUACAAUGCCCUCAUGAUUUAGCUGAGAGAUUCACUCUUUCUUGUAUUUGAAAAUGUAUAUCUAUAUCAGGGUUAAGAAUAAAGACGAGUUUUCUA